UGUUUUAGAGUGGAAAAAUUAACACGAGAAAUGCGAAAGCUCGCACUGGUUCCGGUUUGCAACCAAAACAAGUCAAAACACAAAAACAUGAAAAAAUGCCAUUUAGACCAGUAAUAUAACAGAAAUAGUUAAUUUUCAGUCAAACAUAUUAAAAGUUAUAGUUUAAAAACAAUAUAUAAGCUAUGGCGACGAAAAGAAUAGAAAUUAACUUAUUGCAACUUUUGCAUUGGGGUCCAAUAAUAGCUUUAUCAGUUAUUUUCAUGAUAUCAGCAGCCUCUGUCAGAAACACUUUGAUGUGGUGGCCAAUUUUUACAUUAGGAGGAGUGAUAAAUUUGAUGAUAUUUCUACUUUGGAAUGUUUUGACGCUGUAUAACUAUCUUUUAGCAGCAUUCAAAGGACCAGGAUUUGUCCCUUUAGGAUGGGAACCAGAAGAAGAAGAAGUUAAACAAUAUUUACAAUAUUGCAAUCUGUGUGAAGGAUACAAAAGUCCCAGAUCACAUCACUGCAGGAAAUGUGACAGGUGUGUAAUUAAGAUGGACCAUCACUGUCCAUGGAUAAACACUUGCUGUGGACAUUUCAACCAUGCUAAUUUUACAUGGUUCUUGAUUUUUGCACCAAUUGGCUGUGUUCAUGCUCUAUUUAUUUUAAUUCCAUCUACAUAUAGGGCAAUUAAUUGGCAAUAUUAUUUCUACUAUACAAGAGAACCUGUUGUAUAUCUUGGACUAUUUGGUUUUAUUGGUACCAUGUUUGCCAUAGGUUUAGCAGUAGGUGUAUUUCUAGCUGUAGGAAUGCUGUAUGUCAUACAGAUGAGAAGUAUAUUGAAGAAUGAAACUGGUAUAGAAUCCUGGAUCAUAGAAAAAGCAUUAGAUAGAGAUAGAGAUGAUGAUGAAGAAUUUGUAUACCCCUAUAACUUAGGCUGGAAGGCUAAUCUAGCUGAAGUAUUUACAUGGACAGGGUAUCCUAAGUCUGAUGGUGUUGUCUGGAAUGUCAGGGAGGAAUGUAAUCAGUUUACUCUUACUAUUGAGCAGAUACAACAGAAAGCUCAAAAAAGGGAGAGGACCUUUGAAUAUAGUAUAAUGGAAGACUAUUCAGGUGCCUGGUUUCCCAUAACUAAAGGUUGUAGAGUGUGCAUUAGGUUUCCGUGUACAGAUGAACCUAGGAUACCAGUCACAAAGGGAGAUAAAGUAUUAGUUACAAGGUGGAAAAGACACUGGUUAUAUGGCACAAGAUUAAAAAGAGAAGAAGAAAUGAAAGAAGGUAGUACUAAGAAGCGAUACAGAGGAUGGUUUCCUAGACGAUGUGCAGUAGAAGUAAUAUGUGAUGACCAAAACCAUGCAGGGGAGGAUAUUAAUGAAAACAAGAAAGACAAAUGAUGAAUUUGAUGAUUAGGAGCAUUUAAAUCAUAUAGCAUUUUAACUAUAGAAACUGUUAAUGAAUACUAGUCAUUGAGAGGGGUUGGUCUAUAUUUCUCGAACUAUACAUCUUGAAGAUGUUAUUACAGGGAUGGUAAUUUCUCAACAAGAUUUUGUGUUUACUGAUCUCACUAAUACAUGCACUGUCAGUAAUUGAUGUUACUAAUAUUUGUAAAAUUUACCUUAUGGGUUUUUGGUGAAUGUUCUAUUAGGUGAUUUUUAAAAUGGAUCAGUGUCCCUUAGAAAUAAUUUGAUACUUUCAUAAUAAUUAGUUGACGAUACAAAAACCAACUUUAUUCACAAUAGAUCAAAAUCCAGAUUUGUCUUCCAGCUGCUGACAGAUAUAGUAUAAGUACAUGGGUCUUCUUUUCUCUUCUGACUACAAUCGCAAAAUCAAGCAUCCAAGAUGGAUAAAAAAAAUUGUGUUUUGCAACCAAAGACAAAUUAAUCAAAAUUGUUAUUUUUAAACAGUAAGAUGAAGCACAACAAUAAAAGCAUUGUUUCUUUGAUAUGUGGUUGUUUCUCAGUUUUUCAAGCACAUCAGGCACAUCUCAUUUUAAAAAUUUGUCAGCCACUGAAUUAAAUCAUUGAACAAAAACAACAGUUUUGUUUUAGAUUCAUUCAAAUAGACACAAAAUAUAGAAAGACAAUAGCAAUACUAUAGAAGUACUGUACAUUCAGAUUUUUUUUGUAAUGUUUUUAUGAUUGCGAGGGGACAGUUUUUGUAUAAAUGAAAUCCAUUUAAAAUUUUGCUAGCAUUAUUUGUAGGUCACAUUUCAUGAAAAGGCAAUACUUAACCCUUUUUGUUCACUGACCAACACUCACAAUAGUAAAUGCACAUGAAACAGUAAUUUGGUGUUUGAAAAAAUAGAGCAAAGUUUUGUGUAUUUAACUUUGUGUCUUUCAUUAGUGAGUUCUGUUAUGUAUAUUUUUUUGUUUAUAUAAUUUCAUCUCUAUUAUAAAAAUCAUAUUGGGGUACAUACUUUUUUAUACAAGCUUUCUUCUUUUUUUUUAUUAUAUGGAUUUUUUUUAAAACUUUACAUCAACUCUGAUUCUACUUUUUUCUUUAUAAAUUUUUUUAUCAGUAGAUCAUAAAAAAUAUUAGUCUUUGUACAGGCACUACUGACUUGUCUGUAAUAGGCCCAUAAUUAUGUACAUUGUGUAUUUCAAUAUUUAUCUCAAAUAUUAUGGGGUAAAACAGGGUUUUUUUUCUAGAACAUUUUGUACAUAAAAAUAAAUGAAUUCUAAUUUAUAUCAGGAAAUUGUAUUAGUAGCAGAUGAAUUGUUAGUAAUUUUGAUAUUAGAUUAGUCCUAAAGAAAGACAGUUUUUGAAAUGAAUUAAAAAUAAAGGAUCAUGCAAAAGGGCAUAGGAAGUGAAAUAUAUUUUGAGAAUUGAUUAUAUUGGGAAUAAAUUAAUGAUAUUUGAUUUAUAUAUAGAAAAUCAGAGUUUAGAUAUAACCCAAGUUAUGAGAUGCACUGUAUAUUGAUGUUUUUGUUUUUGAUUGUUUACUUCUACUUUCCUUAUUAUCUUGCAGUCAUAUUUGACAAAUAGGAAAGGAUUCGUUUUAUAUAGACAAUUUUCAAAAUUGCCAGUCCUUUUCUUAUGUAAAGGACAAAGGGCCAAAAUACAUGAUAUUUACAAAUAUAUGUAUUUAUAACUGUAUAUAUAUAUCUUUAUUUUGUGACUUAUUCAUUUAGUUUGAUUAUAUAUGAGAAGCCCUAAAGAUGACAAAAAUAUUGUCUGCAUUACAGUAAACUUUUUACAUAUCAAAUAUAUAUAUAUAAACUUUUAGUAAAUGCAAAGUGUAAAUGUUGUAUCUCCUUAUUUAAUUUGUUGUUGCCUGUAGCAAACCAAGAAUUAUUUUUUAAAAUGUUGAUAAAAAUCUUUACUCAGAUGUAAAAAUCUUUCAUUACCAAUUUCGAUUAACUUGACACCUGGAUAUGCUUGAUUUAAUUUGCCUUUGGAUGUAUGACAAACAAUAAAAAUCAAAUACAGUCAAACAAUACUGUUUUGCAGUCACUUAUAUUGUAACAUUUUCCUUUUGAUUUUUAAAAAUAGUGCUAAAUUUUUGCAAAGUCUUUGUUCUAACAGCAUCUGUCAGUGAACAAAGUAUGAAUUCCUUUUGUUAGAGCUAAGAUCAAAUUACUGGUGUUCUUUGUUACAGUAUUAACAAAAAAGUAUCGAAGAAGACUUGUGGUGUUUGUAUGUGUUUUUAAAAUUUUGAUUACUAUACCUGUUUGAUAAAGUUACUGGGUUUUAACUUUUUUUAGUGUGUUAAGUCUGUCUGUUUGUGUGUGAUAUAGCUGAGCUUACAAAUAACAUGUUUUGAAGUUAUACUUCAAAUAUCUGUGUGACCGGAUGCACUACAGAGCAUUUUUUGAUUGAUCUAAAAGACCUAAGCGGUAAACAAAGAAUUGUUUGUUUUUAUUGUUAAUUUUGAUAGAGGAAUGAAUGUUUUUGUUGUUGCCGCUUAACUAUAAUGUGACAAUUACUGUUAGAUUUCAUGUUGUAAUGAAAUACAGAAUUUAAUCUUUUUA